AUGGCCGGGCAAGGGCAAUGGAUCACAGGGCUAAUGUGGGCUAUAGCAGCGUCGGUGUUAGCAGACUCCUGGACUACUUACCAGGAGCAGCCUUGCUGUCGUCCUGUGACACAUCAUCGAAUUCGUCACCAUCGAGAUCAUAUGCGAGAGUUUACAUGCGGCAGUCUCUUUUAUCGUACUCUAUAUAUUAAUGAAGAGAGAAAAACGCUUUACGUCGGUGCUAUGGAUCGAAUAUAUAAACUAAAUAUGACUGAUAUAAGUCAGUCACAUUGUGAGAGAGACACGUUGCUGUUAGAAGCGAGUAACGUAGCGCGGUGUGUAAGCAAAGGCAAAUCAGAGCCGUUUGAGUGCAGAAACCACAUCCGAGUGCUGCAGCCGCUAGGCGACGGCGAGCGACUCUAUGUGUGCGGCACCAACGCACACAGCCCCAAAGACUGGGUGGUCUACUUAAACCUGACUCAUCUCCCGCGGCAUGAAUACGUGCCAGGAGUAGGGCUGGGAGUCGCCAAGUGCCCGUACGAUCCUGCGGACAACAGCACGGCGGUGUGGGUGACGCGGGGAAACCCCGGCGGCUUGCCAGCUUUGUACGCGGGCACGAAUGCCGAGUUCACUAAAGCUGACCCAGUCAUUUUCCGCAAUGACCUAUUCGAUUUUCGUACGGGCCAAAAAAGGUUCAACUUCAAGCGCACGCUGAAGUACGACUCCAAAUGGCUGGAUAAAACCAAUUUUGUUGGGUCAUUCGAUGUUGGAGAAUAUGUGCUAUUCUUUUUUCGUGAAACCGCUGUGGAAUUCAUGAACUGUGGUAAAGCAGUUUACUCUCGUGUAGCCAGAGUAUGUAAACAAGAUACAGGGGGCAAGCAUAUUCUGAGCCAAAAUUGGGCUACUUACUUAAAAGCCAGGCUUAACUGUAGCAUACCGGGAGAAUUUCCCUUCUACUUUGAUGAAAUACAGAGCGUAUAUCAAAUGCCAGGCGACCCGAGUCGGUUUUACGCCGCAUUCACGACGGGCGCGAGUGACGGGUUAAUCGGUUCUGCAAUUUGUACAUAUACUAUGGACGAUAUCCAAGAAGCUUUUGCAGGCCGAUUUAAGGAACAAGCGACUUCAAGUUCAGCAUGGUUACCAGUUCUAAGAGCAAAAGUUCCUGAACCUCGGCCGGGAACUUGCGUUAACAGUACUGAAGCAUUGCCAGAUAACGUGCUUAAUUUCAUCAGGUCGCAUCCGCUAAUGGAUGCAGCUGUACGACACGAAGGCGAUGCGCCGGCCUUUUACAAACGGGACCUAGUACUUACAACUCUGGUGGUAGAUAGGCAGUUUGUCGACAUGUUGGGCGAUGAUACCACUUAUACGAUAUUUUACGCUGGCACUAGUCAAGGUGAAGUAUACAAAAUAGUGCAAUGGACCGGCGGCGGGUCUCGCGUGGCCGACGUGUGGCGCGCGGCGGGCGGCGAGGCGGUGCGCGCGCUCGCGCUGUCCAAGCAGACGCACGCCCUCUAUCUUGCCACGGACAACCGUCUGCGACAGCUGCCCUUGCACGCAUGCACACAUCGCUACGACAGUUGCGUACGCUGUGUCCUCGACCCGUACUGUGGCUGGGACAAGGAGGGCGGCGCGUGCCGGCCGUACGCGCCGGGCCUCCUGCACGACGCCACCAACUCGACGCCGUCAAUCUGCGAGGCCGGCGCGCCGCUACACACGGUCCGGGCGGGCUUCGGCCAGAGCGUGCAUCUGUCGGCGUUUGGAAAGACGCCAGAAGCACUAAAAGAUCAGAAUGUCGCUUGGUAUCACCAUUCCAGGGAAAGAGGUCGUUACAAAAUCAACUAUAAUUGGGAGCGAGUUCUACAGACUUCAGAGAGAGGUUUAGUACUGUUGUCGGUGACUGAGUCCGACCGCGGCCGGUAUGAGUGCUACUUCGGACCUACACUUGUAGCUUCUUAUAAUUUAGAUAUUGAUAUUCAAAGAUGUACGCAACCUAACAAAUCGCAAGAAUACAGACAAGUUUACUCAGAUUGGUGUCAUGAGUUUGAAAAGUACAAAAGUGCUAUGAAGGCGUGGGAGUCUCGGCAAAUGCAAUGCUCCAAAAACAUGAAUGCGUCGAGUCAGCAAAACAGCAUGAGCAAUGAAAUCAUAGCAUCGCUGCGG